GAGGAAACCGUAGAAGAAGGAGGCGUCCUCUCCGCUGACAGUCCGCCAUGCUCCCCCUGCUGCACCACUGUGGCCGCAACUUACUGACUUUCAGGACAAUUCAGACAGUAAAUAAAAGUUAUUAUACGACACAGAUGGCUAAGCGCGUGGCCGUGGUGUUGGCGGGCUGCGGAGUUUAUGACGGCAGUGAGAUUCACGAGGCCUCCGCUGUUCUCGUGCACCUGAGCAGAGGAGGUGCAAGUGUGAACAUGUUUGCUCCCAACAUUGACCAGAUGCACGUGGUGAACCACCUGAAAGGCGCGCCAUCGGAGGAGAAGAGAAACGUGUUAGUGGAGAGCGCAAGACUGGCCCGUGGAAACAUCCAGGAUCUGUCUAAACUCAGUGUCAAAGACCACGACGCUGUUAUAUUCCCAGGUGGUUUUGGGGCAGCGAAGAACCUCUGCACAUGGGCCGUGCAGGGGAAGGACUGCUCCGUUAAUGAAGAGGUAAAGGCCGCGCUGCAGGCAUUUCAUGGCGAGGGAAAACCCAUCGGCCUCUGCUGCAUCUCACCCGUCCUGGCUGCCAAGGUGUUUCCUGGCUGUGAGGUCACUGUCGGUAUCGAGAAGGACGACAAAUAUCCUGACACCACUGACACUGCAGCGGCCAUCAACCAGCUGGGCUGCAAACACGUGAGUAAGAGCGUCAGCGAGAGCCACGUGGACGAGAAGAACAAGUUGGUCACCACGUCUGCGUUCAUGUGCAACGCUCCGAUACACGAAAUAUUUGAUGGGAUCGGAGCGAUGGUGAAGGAUGUGUUGAAACUUGCAUGAUUGUACUAAUACUCAAAAGUUGGUGGAAACAAAAAGGAAAAAUUAGGAAGGCUGUCGUUUUAGAGAGCUUAUGAUAAGUAACUUGAUAAAAAGCACUUCCAGAUACUCUUGAAAUAAUCAUGUUUGUAGAAGUAUUAAGCUCAACAUGGUCUGAUUUAUUUUACAGAAAUCUCUGUUUGACUCAAUAUUAUUGGAUUAUGUUCUGAUGCAGUGGAUUGGUAUCAUGAGGGCAAUGCUAAUCACAUUUUGAAAAAAUCUGCAGCAGCUGUGGUAUUGUACAAAAAAAAAAAAGCAAUAAAAUUAUAAAGUUAACUGUUUCAGUCCUCUUUAUUUCUUCAUGCACAGAAUAAAAGAGGUGAAUAUAAAAUAUUUACAUUAUGAUUCUUGUGGAAAAGAUUAAUAUAUAUUAAAUGACUUCACACAGGUUACAUCUGAGUAUCUUGUAUUUUACAACCAACUUGUCAAAUUGUGGCACUUUGUCAGUGAUUUUGGCGUCAGAAAAUGACGCACAGAGGCAACUUUAGCAGCGGUGUGUUCUACAUCGGGCAGCAGCUAUUUCUGACUCCUGGCAACAACAGAACUUGUCUACUACUCGCGCUUUGUCAGUGACGCACAGAGUCACUCUUCAGGGCGUAUGAUAAGCACUGAGUGGCGGCUAUUUCUGACGCUGCUGGCAGUUAAUGCAGUAUUAAGAGCGAGAAAGUCCCUCUAUGGCAGUUAGGUUUUCUAAACCUAACUGGGGACGUUUGAUGCCUACACCUAAAGGAAUAAACAUAAAAACGAAGCGUUUUACAGUAAGUUGACUUACUGUAUGCAUGUAACGAGUAGAAACUGUACGUUACCCAUGAAAGCACAAAAAACUCUUGAAAUGAUAUAACAAAUGUAACAAGUGUCGACUGAUGUGCAGUUCAUGAACGUGGGAUGAAUCCAAACGUCCAACCUCCAGACUGAGCCCUCACAGACUUCAGUCAUACGUACUGUGGCGUCUUCUUUGUCGUCACUUAAAGUCCAUGAGGGCAGAGACUGCAGGCCUCCAGUCUGUUUCACUCGUUGCCGUGGAAACAAUUGAAC